AUGACUUUCACCGCUGUCGUCGUUUACCCCAAUGAGCCGGACACCACGUUCGACACCGACUACUACCUGCAGACCCAUAUGCCUCUGGUGGCCAAGCACUGGGGUCCCGCUGGUCUGAAGAGCUGGAAUGUCGUCAAGUACGACCGCGAUCUUGCCGGCACUUCUCCCAAGUACCUGAUUGCCGCCACCCUAGUGUGGGAGAGCGAGGAGGCCGUCAAGGCGGCUGUCUCCGGAGAGACUGCGCCUAUUAUCUUCGGCGAUAUCCCCAACUUCACCAACAAGCAGCCCGUUACUCUCGCCGGUAGCACCAUUGGAAGCCAGGAGAUCUCCUAA